AUGUUAAAAAAUGGUAAAUUGGCUAGUUGUGUUAUAAGACAAAUAUUUAGCGUGAAAUUUAUGCCUACGUGUAGGUAUAUUAGUAUUGAAAAAAAUGAUAACAAAACAAUCGAAAUAAAUGAUAAAAAUAAUAAAUCAAAUUUCAAUUUAAAUAAUUUAAAAAUAGGAAAACAUUUUAGAGAAAUGUUUCAUGAUGGUGAAGAAAAAAAUUUUGAAAGUCACCCAUUCAAUCGAAGAUUUGCUUAUAGUAAAAAAAGUUUAUUUCCUAUUGAGCCACGAAAUUUAAGAACAUUAGGAUUAAAUAGACAAAGAAAAAAAAAAAGAGGAAGAGGAGAUAAAUGUCCAGGAAAAGGUAUAAGAGAUAAGCAUAAACAUCGAAAAUCUGGAAAACCAAAUAGUCGAACUUUUGAAAGUGGAAGAACCCCAUUAUAUAGAAGAUUACCAAAAUGGCCUGAGGCAUGGUUAAGUAGACAAAAAAAACAAUAUGAAUUUUUAAAUUUAUCGAAAUUAAGAUAUUUUAUAGAAAAGGGCAGAUUAGAUACUAGAUUUCCAAUAACACAAAGACAUUUAUAUGAUUCAAAAUGUGUAAGAGUAAAAAACGGAGUUAAACUAUUUAAUAUUAAUGAUUAUCCAUUUCCAUAUAAAAUAAAUAUUGAAGUAGCAAAUGCUGACCAAUCUUCAAUUGAUACAAUUAAAAAAGUUGGUGGGUCUAUUACUAUAAUUUAUAUGGAACGUGUUAAUUUAAGAGCCCAUAUAAAACCAUACAAAUUUGAAAUAUUACCAAAAACUGCACGACCCAAUUUAGAUUCUAUACAUUUUUUAGAGAAAAUGAAAAGUAGAGGAUGUAUAGUUAAAUAUAUUAAGCCCUUAUGGUUAAUAGAGGAAGAAAAAAGAAUUAUAAAUGAAUUAACAGAAAUUGAAGAGUGUUCAAAAUUAUCUAAUAAUGAAUAUACUUUUGAAAAUAAAGAUUCUGAUCAAGAAAAAAGAGAAAAAUUACUCCAAAAAUACAGACUCCAAAAUACAAAAAUAGCACAAAAUAAUUAA